AUGCCAUCAGGCAACCAGGCCAACAUCUUCACGUGCACAUUCUGCUUCCACCUCUCCAACGGGCCUCCCCACGUCAUUGGCCGCUCAGCUCGUCUCGCUUGUUCCCCAUGCCACGCGGCGCUUCUCGACCUCGCCAUCUGCUGGGUGUGCGGAGAACUCAUAUUCCGAGGCGACGAUGCUCAUCAAACUCCCGCCGGGGAGGCGUCACAAAAGACUGGCAGAGAUGGAGCAGACAGCGAAGGAAACAAGGCCAACAACAUGCCAAUCAACUUGGCAGAUCCUUCAGAGUCGGUCAUUUGGGUCGACAUCUUCGAUCCUAUCAACGGUCCAUCCUUCAAGCCGAGUCCCCUGAAGCCGAUCCCAUUAUUCAUGCAGCGAGCGCCAAAUCACGGUGUCAAACUUCAAAGCCAGCAACCGUCUGCCCUCGACAUUUACCUUCAGACUCCGCCUCACCUGCGGAAGCCCGCCUCCGCGCCGAGUUCAGUUUACCCGCCUGUAUCACCAGCGAAGAGCCCAGAGCUGGCCUCAAAAGAUGCAUCUCAGCUCGCAGCCUCACUCCCCGUGGCACCAGCUUCUCGAUCACCAACCCCAUCUCGAAAACAAGCAUUCACCUUGGUCAAAGAGGAACCCCUGAAACGACCUUCGUCGAGACUGGCCUCGCCACGUCGUCGCUCGGACAUAAACUCGUCGGGAUACUGCACACCUCCCGAAUACCCCGACCAGGUGAUGCGGACGCCUUACCCGCUGCCUUUGUCGACUAUCCGCGCCGCCAGCCCCUUGCCUUCGCAGCUCACGUCGCACAUGCAGCGGAUAACGCACGCAGCACCGCAAUCAUCCGAGUACCUGGAGCGUUACCAGCCACUGACAGCGCCGGUGAGGACGACAGAGGGGAGGAGACUGAGGAGGAUCCCCGCGAGCCUGAGCGAGGAGGGGUCUGUAAGAGGGAGAUCGGAACAGAGGAGUAGUGAUGUUGGUGACUGGGGGAGAGUUGGGGCUGAGUUGAAGAGGUUCUUUACAGGCCGGUGA